AUGAUAUAUGACUUAAGCAAAGACCAGCUUGUGAGGAAGACGCUGGAGAACUAUUCCGGGGCAUCGAAUCUCAUGCACAACGAGAAAGUGCGAGAACUUAUGGCGGCAGGGAAGACAAUCUAUCAUUUCGGAUUCGGUCAAUCGCCAUUCCCUAUUAUGAGCAAAGCCGCCGAAAGGCUUAGCAAACAUGCAUCGAAGGCCGCUUAUUUGCCCGUGGCUGGAUUUGCGAUUUGCGAUUUCCACAAACGUUAUGACGACAUUUCCCGUUCACCCGAUGACGUCAUAGUUGGCCCUGGAAGUAAGGAGCUGAUAUUUCUCCUCAUGAACAUAUUUGAAGGAGUUUGGAUCCUCGCUUCAGAUACUAAUGUCAUAAUACCCUCGCGGACCUCAGAUUUCGUUAUAAUGAUCCUUUCUCCAUCGGGAUCUUGUACAGAUAUCAUUGUCAUUUCCCCUUCCUGGACAUCAUACACGCCUCAAGUCCAGCUGUCCCAGCAUACACCGCGCGUCAUAGUAGCCAACAUGGCCGACGAGUGGAAAAUCACACCAGCGUCAUUUAAACAGUUUCUUGAGUCUGAGAAUUUCUCCAAGGUUAAGCUUCUCAUCCUUAACAACCCGGACACUCCUACCGGUACAUUAUACACGAAGGAAGAAUUAAUCUCUUUGAGGGACGUUUGCAGACAACACAAAGUCAUUGUAUUGGCCGACGAAAUUUACGCAAGAUUAACGUACGCUGAUGAAUUCACAUCGAUGGCCCGGGUACAGCGAUUUAAAUUUAAUUGUGUAUGCACGUUUUAUGAAUAA